AGAAAAAAAUACACACCAAUUCGAUUAAAAAUCAGAAGGCAGAUUAGGCAAAGAAUUGGUGAAAAAACCUCGAAAAGCCAAGCCCAGGGCGAGGAUCCGCUUAGCUUACCCUUCUCCGUCACCGCCGCCGCUUGUUGCUUUUUUGCUGUAACUUCUUAUAGAUAUGGAUUUGAAUUUUCAGGAAAAAAUGGAAGGAGAUGAUGACUAUGUGGAGUAUGUUCCAGUUGCCAAGCGUCGGGCAAUUGAGGCGCAGAAAAUUCUUCUGCACAAAGGGCAGGCUACCACGCUUGAUGAUGAUAUUGAAAUGCAGAAACUUCUUGAGGUUAAACCCAGUUUAUUGGUCAAGGCUUCUCAACUCAAGAAGGAGCAGCCAGAAGUAACUCAAACUGAGCAAAUAGUACAGCAGGAAAAGGAGAUGAUUGAAAAUUUGUCAGAUAGGAAAACUUUAAUGUCAGUUCGGGAGCUGGCAAAGGGAAUUACUUAUACGGAGCCUUUGUUGACUGGUUGGAAGCCACCAUUGCCGAUAAGGAGGAUGUCAAAGAAGGCGUGUGAUAUCAUUCGGAAGCAGUGGCAUAUUAUUGUGGAUGGUGAAGAUAUUCCCCCUCCGAUCAAGAAUUUUAAGGAUAUGCGAUUUCCCGAACCAAUUUUAAAGAAGUUGAAAGCCAAGGGGAUUGUUCAGCCUACACCGAUUCAAGUGCAGGGGCUGCCUGUUAUCUUAUCUGGCCGUGAUAUGAUUGGUAUUGCCUUCACAGGAUCUGGAAAGACUUUAGUUUUUGUGUUGCCGCUUAUCAUGAUUGCAUUACAAGAGGAGGUGAUGAUGCCAAUCGCGCCAGGUGAGGGACCAUUUGGCUUGAUUAUUUGCCCCUCUAGAGAGCUUGCUAGGCAGACGUAUGAGGUGGUGGAACAGUUUCUUGAACCCAUGAGAGAGUUUGGUUAUCCAGAGUUACGACCAUUACUUUGUAUUGGUGGCGUUGAUAUGAAGUCACAAUUAGAUGUAGUGAAGAAGGGCGUCCACAUAGUUGUUGCUACACCUGGGAGGCUAAAGGAUAUGCUAGCAAAGAAGAAAAUGAACCUUGAUAAUUGCAGUGUUGGCUUUUCCUGCAGAUAUUUGACUCUUGAUGAAGCAGAUCGGUUAGUGGAUCUGGGUUUUGAAGAUGACAUAAGAGAAGUUUUUGAUCACUUUAAAGCGCAAAGACAAACUCUUCUAUUUUCGGCUACCAUGCCCACAAAGAUUCAGAAAUUUGCUAGAAGUGCAUUGGUAAAACCCAUUAUUGUGAAUGUCGGAAGGGCUGGAGCAGCAAAUCUUGAUGUAAUUCAAGAAGUUGAAUACGUGAAACAGGAGGCAAAAAUUGUUUACCUUCUCGAAUGCUUGCAAAAAACCCCACCCCCCGUUCUAAUAUUCUGCGAGAAUAAAGCUGACGUGGACGACAUUCAUGAAUACCUUCUUCUGAAGGGAGUUGAAGCUGUGGCAGUUCAUGGAGGGAAGGAUCAAGAAGAGAGAGAGUAUGCUAUUUCAUCUUUCAAAUCUGGCAAGAAGGAUGUUUUAGUUGCCACAGAUGUAGCAUCAAAAGGUCUUGAUUUCCCUGAUAUUCAGCAUGUUAUCAAUUACGAUAUGCCUGCCGAGAUAGAAAAUUAUGUUCAUAGGAUUGGAAGAACUGGAAGAUGUGGAAAGACAGGAAUUGCAACGACAUUUAUUAAUAAGAACCAGAGUGAAACAACGCUUCUUGAUCUGAAGCACCUGUUGCAAGAGGCGAAGCAGAGGAUACCUCCAGUUCUGGCCGAGCUUAAUGAUCCAAUGGAAGAUGUGGAGGAAAUAGCCAAUGCAAGUGGAGUUAAAGGCUGCGUCUACUGUGGUGGGCUUGGUCAUCGUAUCCGCGAUUGCCCCAAGUUAGAGCAUCAAAAAAGCAUGCAAAUUGCUAGCUCAAGGAGGGAUUAUUUCGGGUCUGGGGGUUACCGAGGGGAAAUGUGAUUUAUACUUUAGAUAUACAUAUUUGUAGUUUGAGCAGCGUUUCAGUUUGUAAUGAGCCAACAGUGCAUGUUCUAGAAUUUUCAGCAAUGCGUUCAGUUUUGUAUGUGCUUCUUUGUCUUUAAUGUUCUUGGGUAUAUGCU